AUUCCAGCCAUCACCCGCUUUUUCUCUAUACCUCGCCCCAGCAGCGACCCCUAUCCUCGUCCCAUCACCAAAAGAACACAGAUCAAAGCAAAAUGGGUGGCCGAAAAGUGAUGGUUCAGCCCAUCAACAUCAUCUUCUCUCAUCUCCAAAAGCAUAACCGCGUAUCAGUCUGGCUCUACGACAACAACGAGUUCCGAAUUGAAGCCUUCGUCGUUGGCUUUGACGAAUUCAUGAACCUUGUUUUGGACGAUGCGGAAGAAGUGUAUGACUGUGGGGCGAAGCCGGGUAAGGAGGUUCAACCGCGGAGAGAACUCGGUCGUAUAUUGCUGAAGGGCGACAACAUCACUCUGAUACAACCAGUCACCGCCUAAACACCCUCCCACGACUGAUCCUGAAUGGAGUGUGUAGAUGGAAGUUUGAAAUGGGAAAGAGGGACGGGGAUAACUACUUUACAUGUCUUGGUGGCAUGAAUCUCGGCAUCAAAGAUUGAAAGCUCUGUUUUCUUUGGGUCGUGUGGAUUUGCAGAUGGACAGAAUGUGUAUGAGGUCUACAUGUAAGCGAGCGUUUGCGAUGAUGGAAGCAUGGUGGUCAAGGGAGAGGCAAGGUCUCGGACGCACGCGGGAUAUACGACUACGGUCAAUGACUCCCACCCCGCCGCUUUCCAUACUGACGCCCGGUUCCG